AUGUCCCAUUCUUACCAGUUCCUUCAAGGCAAGACGAGUCGGGAAGCAGUCAGUGCUGUCUCCGAAGAGCCUGAUACGUCAAAUGAAGAUAUCUCGGCUAAUGCUACUUUCAACGAUCUAUGGAGGCGGAAUUGGUACUCCAGGCUCGUCCUCGAUUGGUGGCUCUGGGAAAUCGGGGCCUGUGCUUUAAGCCUGCUGGCUCUUGCGGCGACGAUAGCCGUGCUCGUUGUCUAUUCAGAGAAAAAUGUGCCCGAAUUGCCCAAAUAUAUUACAUUCAACGCUAUCAUUUCCGUUCUCGCCAAUGCCAUAAGGGUGUCGAUUUUGGUCGUUAUUGCAGCCUGCAUAAGUCAGCUAAAAUGGCUAUGGAUGAAAGAUAUGAGACGCCUGCAAGACUUGCAAAUUUUCGAUGAUGCCAGCCGAGGACCCCUAGGGUCUCUGCAUAUGCUCUUUUAUCUUCGCGGAGGCCAUCUUGCCUCCCUCGGAGCGGUAAUCACUAUUUUAGCUGUGGCUCUGGAGCCCUUUAUGCAGCAGCUGAUUGUAUACCCAGUCAGACUUGUGUACAGAGAGUCGGGCAAAGCAUCGAUUCUACGUACCGACAAUGUGAGCUACGCAGCGCAGGGUCAAAAUGGCUUUAGAAUGGACGCUAGUUUGGACAAGGGUAUUAUGAAUGCUAUAUACAACGGAGAUUCGGCUCCAAGUCUUGAACCAUUUUGUUCCACUGGAAACUGCACGUGGCCAGUAUUCCAUUCAAUUGGCGUCUGCAGCCGCUGCAUUGAUAUGGCUGAUCAGGUCAAGUUGGAAGGAGCAUGUACGCCCGGAGAUUUUCUCGAAAUGAAGAAAAACUGCACCAUUUCCUUUCAACAUGGUAUUCCUGUCGUUAAUCCAUAUGAUGGCGUCGGAGCAGCCAGUUACAUCGCUUGGCUCCUGAACUACAAGCUGGAAGAUCCCACUGUUCUCCUAGCCGGCACUCCAUAUAUUGAUGGAAAUUUCGCGGGCGUUAAUAAUCCUCUCUUCGCCUUAGGCUGGCUGGAAAUCGACUACUCUUCUCUCACAAACACAACGCCGAUUUCUAGAGCUAUGGAAUGCAUGUUCACCUACUGUCUUCAGCGUUACAACGUCUCCGUCGAGUCCGGCGUUUCUACCAUAAAGACGGAGCCUGUCCAUCUAGCGUCGAUGAAUCAACUUUCCGGGUGGAACGUUACGGCACCUCUGCUACCAGAUAAAGACAAGGAGAAAACCACCACCUUCGUCGUGGAUGAUUCUGCUGGCCACUCUUUAUGGAAGAGUCUUAUCCUUGAUCUCGUUGGAAACGCAACAACCUGGGUCGAGUCGACGGAAUACUUCAUUCCAUCCAAUACCUUUAUUGGAACCGCACGCGCAGUCAAUGACAAGGUGCAUAUGAUGGAGAGCAUCGCCCAAUCAGUCACAUAUUCCAUACUCGAACCCAGCAACCAAACGAUGACAGGCCUCGUUGGACUUCCAGAACAAUUCAUGCAUGUGCGAUGGGGUUGGAUUGCGCUACCUACUUUCAUCGUGCUCGCGACGAUACUCUGUCUUUGCUUGGUCAUGAUGUGCACGAAGAGACACAAUGUCAAGAUGUGGAAGUCCUCUUCUCUGGCGUUGUUGUACCAUGGAUUUGGAAAACCUGUUGAAGAUGACGGGCGUCGUUUUACCCGUUUGAGUGACAUGACGCACAAUGCGGCAAAUUCCAGGGCGAGAUUGGCUCCGUCUGGAAACUAUACCUGGGAGUUACAGGUUAGCGAGGGAGGUGUGGUGGAUAGAGCAAGAUAA